AUGAUGGCGACACGCCUUUCCCGUGCUCUUCCCAGGGCAACCUCAGUGGCUGCCCGCUCGGCAGUCCUCCGGAGGGCUCCUGCCUUUGCGCGCUUCGAGUCCACGGAUGAGAAGGUCAAGGGCACUGUGAUUGGUAUCGAUCUUGGUACCACCAACUCGGCUGUCGCUGUCAUGGAGGGCAAGAUUCCUAGGAUCAUUGAGAACGCUGAGGGUGCCCGGACAACACCCUCUGUUGUCGCUUUUGCCGAGGACGGUGAGCGGCUCGUUGGUGUUGCUGCUAAGCGCCAGGCUGUUGUCAACCCAGAGAAUACCCUUUUCGCCACCAAGCGGUUAAUCGGUCGCAAAUUCACCGAUCCCGAGGUGCAGCGUGACAUUAAGGAGGUGCCGUACAAGAUUGUUCAGCACACCAACGGCGAUGCUUGGGUCGAGGCUCGUGGCCAGAAGUACUCUCCUUCCCAGAUUGGUGGCUUUAUCCUUCAGAAGAUGAAGGAGACCGCCGAGGCUUAUCUUGGCAAGCCUGUCAAGAACGCCGUCGUCACUGUCCCGGCCUACUUCAAUGACUCUCAGCGCCAGGCCACCAAGGAUGCUGGUCAGAUUGCUGGUCUGAACGUCCUACGUGUCGUCAAUGAGCCUACUGCUGCCGCCCUUGCCUACGGUUUGGAGAAGGAGACCGACAAGGUUGUCGCUGUUUAUGACCUUGGUGGUGGUACUUUUGAUAUCUCUGUCCUCGAGAUUCAGAACGGUGUCUUCGAGGUCAAGUCGACCAACGGUGAUACCCACCUCGGUGGUGAGGAUUUUGAUAUCCACCUCGUCCGUCACCUCGUCGGCCAGUUCAAGAAGGAGACUGGCAUUGAUCUCACCAACGACCGCAUGGCCAUCCAACGUAUUCGUGAGGCUGCCGAGAAGGCCAAGAUUGAGCUGUCGUCGUCUCUGCAGACUGACAUCAACCUCCCCUUCAUCACUGCUGAUGCUUCUGGCCCCAAGCACAUUAACACCAAGAUCACCCGUGCUCAGCUCGAGGCCAUGGUCGAUCCCCUUAUCAAGAAGACCGUUGAGCCCGUCCGCAAGGCUCUGAAGGAUGCCAACCUACAGGCCAAGGACAUCCAGGAGGUCAUCCUGGUCGGUGGUAUGACCCGUAUGCCCAAGGUUGCUGAGUCCGUUCGUGAGAUUUUCGGCCGCGAGCCUGCCAAGGCCGUCAACCCCGACGAGGCCGUUGCCAUUGGUGCUGCUGUUCAGGGUGCUGUCCUGUCUGGUGAGGUCAAGGAUCUGCUCCUUCUUGAUGUUACUCCUCUCUCGCUCGGUAUUGAGACACUCGGUGGUGUCUUUACCCGUCUGAUCAACCGCAAUACCACCAUCCCGACCAAGAAGUCCCAAGUCUUCUCGACUGCUGCCGACUUCCAGACUGCUGUCGAGAUCAAAGUCUACCAGGGUGAGCGUGAGCUUGUCAAGGAUAACAAGCUCCUUGGCAACUUCCAGCUCGUCGGUAUCCCGCCGGCGCACCGCGGUGUUCCUCAGAUCGAGGUUACCUUCGACAUUGAUGCCGAUUCCAUUGUCCACGUCCAUGCCAAGGACAAGUCCACUGGCAAAGACCAGUCCAUCACCAUCGCCUCUGGCUCUGGUCUGACUGAGGAGGAGAUCCAACGCAUGGUCGCUGAUUCCGAGAAGUAUGCCGAGCAGGAUAAGCAGCGCAAGGCCGUCAUUGAGGCUUCCAACCGCGCCGACAGUGUUGUCCUGGACACUGAGAAGGCCCUCAACGACUAUGCAGACAAGCUUGACAAGACCGAGGCCGACCAGAUCCGCCAGAAGAUCACUGCUCUCCGCGAGUACCUCGCCAAGGUUCAGUCCGGUGAGGUCACAGCCACUGCUGAGGAGAUCAAGGAGAAGACCGACGAGCUCCAGGUGGCCAGCCUUAACCUCUUCGACAAGAUGCACAAGGCUCGCUCCGACUCUGGUGAGGCCAAUCAGAGCGCCGAGGGUGAGAAGAAGGAGUGA